GUUAUAUUGGCGUUCGCCGUUAUCGAGGGUCUGUGAAGACAUAGAACAUCCCCAUCCUUCUUUACCCUAACCAUUAUACUAAUGAAGCAUGAUUCCGUGGUCGAGCACACAAAAUGUUCUCAUCCUGACGCUGUAUCUACUACGUCAGUAUACGUAAACAACAGUGUCUGGCAGAAAAAUCUCUCGAGUCUAGAGUUAACCUUAGAAGCACAAUCAACGAAGAGCAACGAAAAGCAGAGGACGCCAAUCAAGAUGACAAACCACAAGCUCUCUCCGACUCACGAGUCACAUGCGUCGCUGAUACUGAAAGAGUCCAUCCACAGACCCUUUGAUCUAAUGUCAGAAAUACUCAGGCCUAUCUGGCUCCGCGUGCUCAAAGACGAACGCUAUAAUCUCAGACGCCGUCUCUACGAUAGGGCAAGACUAUAUGAAAAGCACAGGCCAAGCAAGUGCAACAUCCAGAAAGACUGGAUCAAGCGUUACAAGGAGAACGAGGAACUCGAGUUCGCCCUCCUGCAGCGAAUCAACUGCCUGGAAAGGGUCAGAUACAGACAUAGUAUUGAGCCAGAAAAUCCCUUCCAGCACGUCCCGGGGCCCUCGGAUCCGAAACGUCAAGUCUCCCUUGCAGAAGAGCAUUACUACCGGUGCCAGAAGGCAUGGAAAGCGUUGACCCUUGACAAGCCAUCUGGUCCUAUCAUCGAUGAAUUUGACUUCCUUCAGCAUCACAGAAAUGAAGAGGGUCAAACUUUGGCAUGGGAGGAGGACAAGCUCAUGUGCGCCUCGCUUGGUGGCUGUUGCGGUCGCAGAUGUAGAUGCUGUGAGAGACCUCUCCGUCACUAUCUCUUGCCUGAGGGUGAUCAAAAGGAAAUGAUUGGAUUUCAUGGCCACUGUACCGCCGAAUGUGGUUGCUGUAUGCGUUAUCGAGGAUUCUACCGACCAGACUCGCGCCUCAAAGACCUUGAUCCCGAACUGGCAUCGAAGAUUGCGGGAUACUUCCGCAGCUCAUACGUUGGAGACAAUUAAGAAGAGAGGAAGAGGGUUUUUGAAGGAUAUUGUGCCUUGCUUAUUUUGAUUUCCGUCAUUUAUUAUUCUGUUUCUUGCUGCAGCGCUGCCAGAUUUAGUUGGUAUUCAAGUUGCUUUGUUUAUCAAAGGCGACCAGGCGU